CCUUGCAUGGUCAUCUCCGAGCAGCUGGUAUUUUAUUAAUACUUUUGUGGCGUUAGAUCUUUGGCUGUGGCGCACUUUCCCCAGAUGCCACCUUGGAUCUAUUGUUCCAGAUCGUGAGUUAAGCUUGGACUUGGUGAAGAAGGUUCUGAGCGACUGGUACUUCGUGUGUGGAUUGGGUUUGGCUAGGAGGUGUUUGGUGGUUUGUGGUUGGAGAGAAGGUUUGGUAAGUGUGAAAUCUCCACAUGGCAUAGGCAGAUGGCAUGUUGCAUCAGGUUUCUUGAAUACUGAUCAUAUCACGAACAAUUGAGACAUUGGUUUAUCGCUGAAGCAAAGGAGAGUCUAAUUGGUGCAUGGAUUUUUGUUCAAUAGGCUUUGAACGGCUUGUAAGUUCGCUGCUGCCCAAGGGGAGCUUCCGAAUGAUUGACUCUCAUCCAUAUCCCAAAGCGUCACCUGAGUGAAUACCCUACCUGGCCGCCUGGAUACCCUCAAACGCUUCACAUUAAACAGAUCGAUCUUCAAGGCUGAAGCAAAAAUAUCCUAAGACUGAUAACCGAGUCGAUCACAAUAAUCUCCGUCAAUAGUCACAAACUAGCGCUUGCUAGUUCGCCAUUCAGCUGCAAUCUCUCUUGUCAAGGGGAGGCAAAAAAGCCCAGGACCUCUUAUCUAAGUGAUAAAAAGACUUAGGUAAACUUAAUAUAUCUUAUUAGUACUUUAGACCAGUUUAUUUUGGCACCCUGAUUCAACGUCAGAGGUUUUCUUGCUCCUCGAGGGCCUGUCAACAUCUAGAACCCAAUAGUUUAAUCUCCUAUUCCAUAGGAAAAAAGUCUUCAGAAUUGACGAUGGGGUAAUUCCGCUCUUUCAUCUGCUUUGGCAGUCGUCGCUCGUUAUUUUAUCGUCAAUAUGCGUUUCGCGCUUCUAUGGUCGCUGCUUGCGGCGGAUGCUGCGGUCGCCAGUGUAUGUAAACCUCGCCAGUCAAGUGGUUCAAGCACGGCUGCGACCGCUGAGAUUGAGACUACGACGACAACUUUUGUCGAGUUAUCCACCAGCAUCGCGACGUCGACAGUGGAAGAUGUAACCAUCACCGAAGCUGCAACCGCUGUCGACACCAGCACCGAAACCGCUGCUUCAACGCUCACAGUCGCCGAAACAACAACAAGCGACAUCGCCGGUCCCCUCGAAACCUUCAUUCUCGCCGCAAAGGUCGAGGGCACCGUCAGCGAAGAGCUCUCGGGCGCAGACCGCGAUGGUUCGCCAGUAGUAUGGCCAACACCACGCUUCAUCGCCAGCGGUCCAUUGAUCAUCUCCAUCGACUCCACGACUAGUUAUCUCCAAACAAGUGGCGGAUUCUACCUAUGUGUUGCAUACGGAGAUGGUACUACACCCAACGGUGUCAAGCUUUGCAGUGCUGAGUCGCUGAACAAUCCUGCAUUUGGCGCCCUUACAUGCGAGCAGACGGAGGAUCGGAAGAUUGCAUGUGAAGCUCAAGCUGGACAGUGCAUUAGUGAUGGUGAGAAUAACGUAUGUUCUCAGCUUCCGGGGACGUAUGGUCAGUUCUACUAUUACAGGGGACUCUUUAAUGGGGUUUAUCUCGGUAUUGGGUCUACUGUUAAUACCGAUGAGAGCCAGCAUCCUGUUGAGCUCAAAGCCAGACGAAGCAGUACAUGAUGCAUUCAGUUAGCUACUCAAGCAUACACCAUCUAGAAGAGAUAAUGAACAACUGCCAUAAAUCUGUGCAUCAUGAGCUGAAGACCCCAUGUCGUCAUACCUCGAAGCUUCCCAGCCACGGCGUCUUCCCCUCAACGAUCCAACGUUCCAGACCCGUUAUGUCACUUCAGCCCUAAAACUUCAUAGCUAGGACAUGAGGUAAUGUAGUCCGGGCUGUUGGGUCUCAAGCUUUAUGCAGUCAGCUCACUAAUACCGGCACCACCGGAUGUUUGCAGCUUGGGUUAGUGAGAGUCAAUGGACGUUAACGUUGCUGCCUGUUAGCACUUUAAACAGUAAUAUUAAUAGGACUUACAUAACCAAAACAGUAACGCUUGGAAGCAUCCGACUUUGACGUCAAUCCAAUGGAGUUUGUUUGCUUGCUAAAUUCUGACGGUGAGGGGAAGCUUGGUGACAGGCGCUGAGAUGCGUGGUUGGGAUAAGCUCCAGGAAGAUGAACGCUUGCCGAUGACUCACAAAGUCAAGCUUGUAAUAACUGAAAAGUUGACCGGAGAAUGAUUUAACUCCUUCGCAGGCUGAACUCGCUGACAAACGGUGCAGGAGGUAGCAACCGACGAAGGAAGAGAACUUGGUGAUGACUCGCUGAGAACUACGACAUUGGACGGGACUGGAGACGACAGUUUUCGUCUUGACGGCGAUAAGAAGGAACUCCGAAGCCAAAGUGAUGAGAAAGUUCUCUGGUUUUGAGAGGCAUGGGCUCAACUUGCAUGUCGGGCACGUUCCGCGACUGCAUCCUCAUGGAUGCAAAAGAUCAAGAGAACAAUCUUACACGUCAAAAGGCGCGCAUAUAGAAAACUUUCGUCGGGGCACUGAUCGAAAGACGCAUUGGUCUGAUAGCACUGAGAACUGCAAAGGAGUUUCACAAAAUGGUGACGGAGAGAAUAUCCUCCCUCACGAGCGCGGUCGAUGACACCAGACUAUGCCAACAAAUGCCAUCAGCAUCUAUAGUACUUCGACUCUUCGACGACCAACAUAUACUUACCCGGGCGCCAUAUAAAUUAUCACCAGCCGGCCUUGAACCUCUCAUCUCUUCCCUCAUCCGAAUUAGUACGUCACCUCAUCUACAUGUCUCUUCCCAGUACCAGCGAUGCCCAAACUCUGCAUCAUCUAGCGCUUGAAGCCGUAUAAGAAGCCUGGGGUCUUAAACGAAUGCCAGCAGGACAGUGCGUGAGGACGACUAAUACAGCUUUUGAAGGACGUCGUUGUGUUGAUACGAUUCGCUGAAGAAUCGAAUCCCGCGCUGCUCUCCCCUUGCUCUUGAAGACGAUGUGACAAGUUCUUAUAGCAGACAUAGUCAGCGGUACUCGGGUCGCUGAGCUCGGCCUGUACGCCAGCGAGGUUGAAACCCUUUCUGGUGAGGUAUUUGUAGACACUUGGCGGAUUUUACAGACUGGUGGCCGCGUUUCCACAAUGAAAUGUCAUGAGUAGGUGCCGACAGCUGGCGAUGCUUUCCAGGCAUAGCAGCCGUACGAAACGAAUGGGCCCUUCUGAAGGACGAGCAGUUAGAGAAAGCAUGAAGCUCAAACCGGUGUACCUACAAUUGAGAUUAGAGUGAUGGCAUCCCUCACCAAAGAUGGGUGCGUCAAAGCCCCGUUUUGUUGCGGAGAGUGCUUCUCACAGCAGCUCUGCUUCAUAUGGCUCAACACUAAAACAUCACCAACUAUAGUAACUUCACGUUGAACGGAUCUGGUGUUCCGAGACACGGACGAAUCGUACAAGGGACCACUCAUACGCAGCCUACCAUAGCGUCUUCAACUUAGUCGUCGCUGCAUGUAGAA